AUGAAAUCAGAGCUCAACCUCGACCUACCUAUCGCAUCAAGAGUCGAAUAUUUAGCAGUUCAAGCCAAUAUCAACGAACUCAACAUCGGCAUUGUUGUAUUUUACAAUCCAUCCUGUUCGAAUCAGCAGUUUAGCCAGAGCUACGAGAAACUCUUGAUAGAUUUGCUCGAUUUUGGUUUCGACCGGAUGUUCUUAGUGGGCGAUUUUAAUAUUAAUAUAACAGCACUACAACCCUCAGUAAAUCUAGCCGCAUUAAUUCAGCUUAAUCGUACGUUCAAUUUGACAGUACUUCCCACAGAUGCCACCCGUAUCACCGAUAACAGUUCUACAACAAUUGAUCUCCUAAUAACCGACUCACCGCAAAAUGUUGUCAAGUCCAAAACUGCCAGCGCAAACAUCUCCGACCACGAGAUAAUCUACCUCCUCACUAACGUUCGAAUACAGAAACCUCCACCACAGUCCAUCCGUGUAAGAAACUUUCGUAAUGUCAACCAACUACAACUACAAGCUGAUUUCCAAACAACAGAUUUUCAACCCAUCUACAAUACAGAAGAUCCUCACACUAAAGCAGAUCUUCUCGCUACGGAGCUUAAGAAUCUUCUGCAACGGCAUGCCCCUGAACGGACAAUUACAGUACGCGACAAACGCACACCCUGGAUCACAAAUGAAAUCAAGCAAGCUGCAGCACUUAGAGACCUCGCAUUUGUACUGUACUCACGUAACCCAAAUAGAGCACGAGGUGAUAAUCAAUGGGAUGAUUACGUCAGAAAGCGGGACAGAGCCAGAUCUCUUAUCUUUUCGGCCAAGAAGCGGUACGCUGAGCUACAUUUCGACCAUAACCUGCCGGCGAAAAAACUUUGGAGCAACCUACGAAGAGAAGGAAUCCACAACAACGUAAAAAAGAACACACCAGUCGACCACGUUGAUGUUGAUGAACUCGAUCAGUUUUUCUCGGAGGGACAUCUUCAACUUCAAACUACGAGCCCGGAACCAGCAGUAAGUGAACCACACCACCGCUCAGUUGUUGAUCGAGGUGCACCCGAGUUCCGUUUUCGACUAACCAACAUUGAUGAAAUAUGCCGAAAGAUACAUGAAAUUCAAACAAACGCCGUAGGAUCAGAUGGCAUUCCCAUCUCGUUCAUCAAGCUGCUCUGUCCGUUCGUUCUCCCGCUGCUGUGCCACCUUUUCAACACAAUAAUCACCACUAACACCUUUCCAUCUACGUGGAAAAAAGCAAUCAUUACACCAAUACCUAAGACCUCUAAUCCCAUCCAACCUAAGGACUUCCGUCCAAUCAGUGUCCUGCCAGCAAUAUCAAAGAUCCUGGAGAAAAUCUUGCUUUCUCAAAUAACUGAACACCUCGAGAGUACCAACCCACCAUUAUUAGCAAAUCAUCAAUCUGGGUACAGGAAAGGCUACAGCACGACAACAGCACUGACGAAAGUAACCCACGAUAUUUUCUGCAGUUUUGACAGAAACCACGGCACCGUCAUGGUGCUGGUAGACUUCUCGCUGGCUUUUAACUGCGUGAAUCACCGUAUACUAAAGGCCAAAUUACGCGACGAAUUUCAUUUCUCGCAAGCUGCCCGCAGCCUUGUUUCAUCGUUCCUUGAACAGCGCAGCCAAUCGGUUCGCAUCGGAAACGAUUCCUCACCUAGCCGCACGGUCCCCGAUGGAACACCGCAAGGUUCUUGUUUAAGCGCGUUGCUGUUCAGCCUCUAUAUAAAUAGCCUACCAGCAGCACUUAAGUCUAAUUACCAACAUUACGCCGAUGACCUUCAGAUUUAUAUCUCUGGACCUGUAGCUGAAAUAGACAGACUUAUAGCCAAUAUUAAUGAAGACCUUGCUAUGAUAGUCCGCUGGGCUAAAACAAACCGCCUCUCUCCCAACCCGAAAAAGACACAAGCAAUCAUUUUCAACAGAACUGGCACUAUAACACCGCCGAAUGCUAUUAAAUUUAGCGGAGAAACGAUUUCAUUAUCCAGCAAAGUAAUAAACCUCGGUCUACAGAUGGACAGCAAUCUCUCCUGGUCCAACCAGGUCAACGAUGUGGUUCAGAAGGGUACCUUCGAACUUUCCGAAGAUUUGCUCCAGUUCUCUCGCUGCCAACAAGACUUAAGCUGGUACGAUCUGUGA